AUGGCCCGGAAAGAGGACAUGCUGCCCCCGGGCUGGGAGGAUCUGGAUAGGCAGAUGGGUCAGCUCUUUAUGAUGGGCUUUGAUGGAACUUCGGUCAAUCCACAAAUUCGAUCACUCAUUGAAGAUUACCACUUGGGCGCUGUGCUGCUGUCAGCUAAAAAUCUAAAAUCGGCCGAAGAGACAACCAGACUGGUUCUGGAGUUACAGACUAUCGCACGAGAUGCAGGUCAUUCCGUCCCUCUGCUCAUUGCUUUGGACCAAGAGAAUGGUGGUGUCAAUAGCUUAUAUGAUGAAAUUUAUAUUCGACAAUUCCCUAGCGCCAUGGGUAUCGCAGCCACAGGGUCCAAAUCUUUGGCCCACGAGGUGGCUGUUGCAACGGCGCAGGAGCUAAAGGCUGUUGGGGUCAAUUGGAUACUAGGACCGGUUUUGGAUGUUUUGACCAAUGUGCGGAAUCAGCCAUUAGGCGUUCGUACUGCCGGCGACGAUCCCCAAGAGGCAUCUCAAUUUGGCGUUCAGUUCAUGAGAGGAUAUCAGGAAGCAGGUUUGGUGACCUGUGGAAAGCAUUUCCCAUCUUAUGGUAAUUUGGAAUUCCUCGGCUCACCGACAGAUGUCCCAAUCAUCACAGAAUCUCUGGAGCAACUCAGCCUUAGCGCUCUUGUGCCCUUUCGCAAUGCCAUCACACAGGGGCUGGACGCCAUGAUGGUGGGAGGUGUUUCAUUGUCGUCUGCUGGGAUGAAUGUGAUGCAUGCCUGUUUGAGUGACCAGGUGGUCGAUGAGCUCCUCAGGAGGGAUCUCCAGUUUCAAGGGGUUGUCGUGUCAGAAUGCCUGGAAAUGGAAGCUCUCACACAUAAUAUUGGAGUAGGAGGUGGCACGGUCAUGGCCAAGAAUGCCGGCUGCGAUGUCAUCCUUUUAUGUCGGUCGUUCCCAGUUCAGCAGGAAGCCAUCAACGGCUUGAAACUCGGGGUGGAGAACGGUAUCAUUGGCCGCCAACGAAUCGAACAGUCCUUGCGCCGCGUCUUGGAUUUGAAGGCGCGGUGUACUUCCUGGGAACAGGCACUGAACCCUCCGGGCCUUUCUGCGCUUACACAAAUGCAACCGUCGCAUACCAAUCUUUCCACCCGAGCCUACAAUUCUUCCAUCACCGUGAUGAGGGAUAAGAAUAAUCUACUUCCGUUGUCCAAUGUUAUCGAGGCAGACGAGGAACUUUUGCUCCUGACUCCGUUAGUCAAGCCACUGCCAACAUCAGCAGUGUCUCACUCGGUCUCGGAUUCCUUGCAUGGGCCACUGGGUUCCUUAUCUUCGGAUCGGGCUUCCUCAGUCCUGAGUGGAGAAGGCGUAUUCAAAGAACUUGGCCGGUCACUCUCACGACAAAGGAAUGGGCGUGUAUUGCACACCUCUUAUACUUCCAAUGGAGUGCGUCCCAUCCACGAAGAUCUUAUCCAAAGAGCGAGUGCUGUAGUCGUUGUCACCGCGGAUGCAAACCGCAAUCUAUAUCAGCAGGGGUUCACCAAACAUGUCUCCAUGAUCUGCCAAUCGCAGUCUACUGCGUCUGGCGAGCGCCGCGAAACCCCGUUGAUCGUGGUGGCGGUCAGUUCACCCUAUGAUUUUGCCAUGGAUUCCUCGAUCGGUACUUAUAUAUGCACGUAUGACUUCACGGAAACCGCCCUUCAGGCGUUAGUCAAGGUUCUUUAUGGCGACCUGACACCUUCCGCCGCCCUGCCAGGGUCCAUUGGUCGAACGCAGAAGAUUAACCAGUCUCGACAGCACUGGCUCGUUGAAAAUUGGAAUGAGGACCGCGACUCUUUUGGGUUGGAUGCUCUGCUUGAUACUAUGCGCGCUGACUGCGCACCAGGCCAGCAGUCAGAGCUCCUUGGGGCUACAGCCAACAGCUUCUUACUACGAAACGAGGAUAUCGAUGAAGCUCAUUUCGUUGUCCGGAACAGUAGCACGCAAGCUCUCUAUGGAUUCUGCGCUACCUACUUCUUUCGAUCAACGGGCACUGGCGUCCUUGGAUGUUUGAUUGUGGACCCUUCUCGACGGAAACUCUCCAUCGGACAUUCCCUCCAUAGUCGUGCGAUUCGCACUCUCCUCCAACGGAGUGGGAUGCGACGCUUCCAGUUGGGAUCCCGACUCCCGGGAAUCUAUCUAGGCAUCCCGACCGCUAACCCUGUGGAGCGCAAGCGGCUGCGGCAGUGGUUCGCGAACAUGGGGUGGAAUACGGCGCUUUCACGGCCAGUGUGCAGCGUGGUCCUUCAGAACCUGUCCACCUGGGUGCCACCCGACGGACUCACCGUCGCUCUACAGAGCGCGGAAGUCACGUACGACCUCGUCUAUGGUUGGGACUUUGCACGGGCAAUUUUGGAUCACAUCAAGACCUAUGCGCGGCAGGGUGUUGCCGACAUCUACCGCAUGGCAUUGGGUGGCGCGCCUAAUUGCGGCAUCAUCCGGGCCAAGCGGCCCUCCGACGGGGUCAUACUCGGGAGCAUCGUGAUCUACAAUGAGCGAUCUGUCUUGGCGGAGCACAUGCCCAUGCUGCGCGCCAAUCAGGCUCCUGUCGGAGGCAUCUCGUCCCCAGUCAUUUCUCCUUGUGGUGAAGAUUACUCCACCGUCAUGCAGGGCUUGAUUCUGCUAGCUAUCAAGCAGAUUCGGAAAUUAAGUGCCAAUGCCGUGGUCAUGGACUGUGUCGACGGAGAUGGCUCUUUCGAUAAUCUUUCCACGAUGGGGUUCACUAUGCUACACAGCUUUGAAGAAGUGAACUGUGACGCAGCUACAUGGACGAUGAUGCAUGCGUAG